UCAUCACUUUUAGCUACUCUAAAUUCUCUUUAUCUAAUUCAUUUUUCACUGCCUAUAUAUUCUACCUUAGCUACAAACUCCAAAUAUUAUUAAAUCUACUUAGCAAUCAAAAGAGCCAGAAAACCAAAAACAAAGAAAACGAGAGUUACUUUUGAGAAGAAAUUAAGUCAAAAUGAGUUCAAGCAGGAAAGCAUGGAUAGUAGCAGCAAGCAGGAAAGCAUGGAUAGUAGCAGCAAGUAUUGGAGCUGUUGAAGCCUUAAAAGAUCAAGUUGGUUUGUGCAGAUGGAAUUACCCAUUGAGGUCUUUGGCACAACACACAAAGAAUAACAUGAGAUCUUACUCUCAAGCCAAGAAACUUUCUUCAUCCCUAAUUGCAAACAAGGCAGAACAUUCUGAAGAAUCAUUAAGGACAAUUAUGUAUUUGAGCUGUUGGGGUCCAAAUUGAUGUUUUUUUUUUCUAGAUAACUUCAUGGUCAUUUAUGCAGAGCUGACGAUCCCAAGUUGGAAAGGCAUAUAGAAAAAUGUAGUAAUACUAUGAUUGUAAAUAGGACUUAAUGAUGUAUUGAGAAAGUGCAAUAUAUACAGUGUUGAUGUUUAAUUUCGA